AUGCUUCCUAGGAAUCGAUGCGCUAGGCGAUGGAUCAGCACAGAGGCCAGCAGCGAUGGCGCGCAGGGCUACCGCUCCCUGGUGCGCCAAUGCGCGAGCGCGAGAUGCCUGGUGGCGGCGAAGCGCGUCCAUUCCCAGAUCGCCAGGGCCGGGGUAGCUCUCGAUCGAGGCACAUUUCUCGGCAAUCUCCUCGUCCAAAUGUAUGGCGCCUGUGGAAGCGUGGCCGGCGCCAUGGCCGCCUUCUCGGAGAUCUCUCACAAGAACGUCUUCUCCUGGAAUAUCAUGCUCGCGGCGUUCGUCCAGAGCAAGGACAUACACAGCACGAGGUUUUUCUUCGAUACAAUGCCGCAUCGCAGUGUCGUGUCCUGGAACACGAUGAUCUCGGCACUUGCCCAUCACGGGGAUCUGGAAGAAGCUGGAAAUCUCUUCGAUUUGAUGCCCGAUCCAGACACGGUUUCCUGGAACACAAUGAUCCAAGCAUACACCAACGCUGGAAAAAUUGAUCUCGCUAUAGCAAUGUUUUAUGAGAUGAACAACAGGGAUAUAGUCUCCUGGACUGCCUUUCUGUCAGCAAAUGCCCAAGGAGGGGAUUUGGAGGAGGUAGCGCGGACCUUUGCUGCGAUGCCGGCUUUCACAACCGCUUCUUGGAAUGUGAUGAGCCUCGCUUUCUCGCAGCACGGGCAUCUAGAAAUCGCGCUCGAGCUCUUCGAUCAGAUGCCACAGCACGAUAUCAUCUCCUGGACAGGCCUGAUCCAAUCCCUGGCAAAUGAUCAAGGCCGCCUGGAUGACGCGAGAGAGGCCUUCGGGCGAAUGCCGGAAUGGGACGAUUCUUGCUGGAGUGCGAUCAUCCUGGGAUGCAUCCACAAUGGCGAUCUGGAUGCCGCGAUGGCACUCUUCGAUGUGAUGCCGUCCCAGUCGAGUAGCACCAUCGCUUGCAAUGCAAUGAUCCGGGCAAGGGCACAGCAAGGCGACGUCAAAUCCGCCAAGAACAUCUUUGAUCGAUUGUCGCAGCACAAUCUAUUCUCAUGGAAUUGCCUACUUGCGGGAUUCAUCCAAUGUUGCUGUGAUCCUUGGCCGCUCUUUCAUAAGAUGCCCCAGUGGAACAUCAUCUCGCUCAACACAGUGAUUGGCGUUGGAGUGGAUCACACAUUCUUCGCCCAGAUGCCACAAAGAGAUCUCGUGAGUUGGAACUCAACGAUCCAAGCGUGCAUCGCGAGUGGCAAUGUAGAACUCGCGCAGCACACACUUGACAAGAUGCCACAGUGGGAUAUUCUCCCCUGGAACGCUAUGGUCCAGGCAUAUACCCAGUGUGGAAACGUGUCAGCCGCGGAGGGAAUCUUCCACGCCAUGAGGCAACGCAACGUGGUAUCUUGGACGUCCAUGCUCCAGGCAUAUACCCAGGAUGAUAUUCUCGAGGGUGCAAAGCUCUUGCUACACAGGUUCCCACAGUGGUCCACGGUGCCAUGGAAUCUCUUGAUCCAAGCAUAUUCUCGCGCUGGGGAUAUCCUGGAAUCAAGGAGCUCGUUUGACGAGAUGCUACAGAGGGACGUGAUUUCGUGGUCGGGGCUUGUGGUUGGCUAUGGUGCCGCGGCGAAUCUUUCUGAUGCGCUGGAAUCUUUCGAGAGAAUGCCUCAGCACGACCUCUUUGCGUGGAAUUCGAUGCUCCAAGUCUUCCUCGACAAUGGUCAGCUUGAGCGAGGGAUGGAGUUUUUGGAUCGAAUGCCGGAGGUGGAUGUCACUGCGAAGAACGCGGUGAUUGCCGCAACUGGAGAUCUUGAUGCCGCGAGAGAGUUGUUUGGAAGGAUGAUCCACAAGAAUGUCGUGUCCUGGAACACGAUGAUCACUGCGUUUGCACAGCACAGCGAUUCGAGGAACGCGAGAGCAGUGUUUGAUGAGAUGCCCGAGAGGAAUGUGGUGUCGUGGAAUGCGCUGAUCGCGUCCUCUUGCCCCGAAACCCACCUCGUUUUCAAUCAAAUGCCACAGCACAACUCCAUGAGCUGGAAUAUGUUGAUCCAGUUCCAGGCCGGCGAGGACCCAUCCUCCGCAAAGCUCGUCUUUGGUCAAUGUCCGGGAAGAAGCUCCGCGUCGUGGAAUGCCUUGCUUCGAGCAUAUGCCGCGAGUGGGCAUAUCCACUCUGCGAGACAAGCGUUUGAAAGGAUGCCCUUCUGGGACGCGAUCUCCUGGAAUUCCAUGAUUUCGGCAUAUGGAAGCAACGAAAAAUGCGUUGAUGCGAGAAACCUUUUCGAUCAAAUGCCAGUGAAGGGUGUUUUCUCGUGGAACUCGAUGAUCUCUGCGUAUACCCAGAACGGGCAUAGCAAAGAAGCUCUGUGCGUGUUCCGGGAAAUGGAUCUGGAGGGCGUGAGAGCGGAAGAGAUCACCUUUGCCACCGCAGUGGAUGCAUGCGCAGGGAUUCCAUCGCUGCGAGAUGGGGAGGCAAUCCAUCGCUGCGCCGCGGAUGAGGGCCUCGAUUGCGAUGUCGUGGUGGGAUCAGCCUUGAUAAACAUGUACAGCAAGUGUGGUCGACUGGAUCGAGCGAGGGGCUUCUUCGAAAAGAUGGCGGUGAAGAACACAAUCACUUGGAACACGCUCAUCACAGCCUAUGCCCGGAAUGCUCCCCCACAGCAAACUUUGCAGAUCUUUCAGGAAAUGCAGCAACACGGGAUCGAGGCCGACGAUGUCACAACGGUGUGUGUGCUGCUCGCGUACAGCCAUGGCGGGCUCGUAGCGGAGGGACUGAGCUGCUUUGUGUUUCUGGUGGCGGAGCAUGGCAUCCGGGCGACGAUGGAACACUACAAGUGUGUCGCCGAUCUCUUGUGUCGAGCGGGGCGAGAGGAUGAGGCUCGAGAGCUGAUUCGCAGCAUGCCGUUUUACCCGGACUCUCUGGCGUGGAUGAUCUUGGUGGGAUCAUGCAAGAGCUCCUGGGAGGUUGGAGGAGCUGCGGCUCGUGCAUUUGAGCUGGAUCCAAGUGAAGGCUCGCUCUACGUCUUGCUCUCUAAUCUCUGCAAGAACAGUGUAUCUUAA